GACUUCACACAUCAAAUCUUCAGCUCUGUGGAUUCGAUUCUCCUGACUACAAAAUAAACAAAAUGGCCGCCAUGAAGACCGCCCUGAUGCUGCUGCUCGUCGCCUUCGCCUUGAUGGUGGUGACGGAGGCCGCCGUCCGCGUCGGGCCCUGCGACCAGGUCUGCAGCCGCAUCGACGCCGAGAAGGAUGAGUGCUGCAGGGCCCAUGGACACAGCGGAUGGAGCAGCUGCAGUGGCGGGAUGUAUUGCUAUUGACACCACAAGCACCAAGCCCAAUUAUAGUAAAUAUUUACGCUGACACAACUGGCAUGGAAAAAGCACUGAUUGAACCUACGGAAUUGUUUA